GUAACGGUUUAAUAUUAUGGACGCAGUGCUGCUUAUGUUCGCACAAUCUGACACUUAUUUAUUAAAGUUAGCGAGCAGUUUUAAACAGCAGAAAUGGAUUAUGGACGAAAGAGAAAGCUGACAUUUAUUACAAUAGGACUGGUUUUCCUGCUGAGUGGAGUGGAAUACGCGGUGAUUUUACCUACAAUCUGGCGUUUCCUGCAGAUGCUGGAUGCUGCUCCGUAUUUUCUGGGUCUCAGUCUGUCAGCUUUCAGCUUCACUGGCCUGCUGUCAGGUCCAUUAUUCGGCUUCUGGUCCGACAGAACACACAGCACCAAGAAGAUCAUACUGUUUGCCAACUGCUUUGAAAUCAUCGGUAAUUUUAUGUAUUUUAUCGGAAUUUCCAAGUGGCUGUUGCUCAGCAGUCGUUUAGUUGCAGGAGUUGGGACAGGAGCCGGUUCAUCUAUUUUUGGUUUCUUGACGAGAAUCACAGCCCCUGAAGACCGUUCCACAGUGUUUGCUGCUGUCAUGGCCUGCAGACAAGUUGGCCUUCUGAUUGGUCCAGCAUUCAACAUUUUCCUCAGACUGUGUGACUUCCAGCUUGGACCGUUCGUGGUGAAUAAAUACACUGCUCCCGGGAUCUUCAUGUGUGCAUUGUGGCUGCUGCUCCAGCUCGUUGUAUUGCUGAUGUAUUGGGAUCUCAAAGGAAGGAACGAGGGAUCAGAAGAAGAGAAGGAGGAAGAGGAAGAGAGAUUGUUGGUUCAAACUAAUGCCCUCCCUGAAUCAUAUGGAACACUUCAUGACUCACCUGUAACGGAUCAGUCGAUCGCUAAUGGCAACUGUGCUCCGGCUUCACCAUCUUUUGAAAAGAUCCACUCCAACCCUUUCAAACACUUCAGUGCUGCACGAGAGUUUCUGAGAGAGGAGGUGGUGGUGCUGCUCACAGCUCAAUUCAUCACACUGUUCAACCAGACAGCACUGGAGACGAUGGUGACUCCACUGACGCAACAGUACUUUAAUUUUGGUGAGUUGGAGAACAGUGUGAUGUACUGUGUGUGUGGAGUGGAGGUGAUUGCUGGCUUCAUCUUCGUCCGCUGGCUCAGCAGGAAGGUGGAGGAGAGGGUGGUGCUGUCCAUCGGCCUCUUCCUCGCCAAUAUUUCCUGUGUCUGGUGUCUCAUCUUCCUCGCUAACCCUCAGGGUGGGUUUUCAUGGCAGUUAACAGAGUUCAUCAUCGGCGUGUUCCUGCAGGUGCUGGGGCUGCCCUUUAUCGCCGUCGCUCAGGUGUCUCUCUUCUCCAAAGUGACUGCUGAGAAAACACAGGGUUUCAGUCAGGGAAUUCGGCGCUCUGUCGGAGGUUUAGCUACUAUUCUUGGUCCAUUAUGGGCUGGAAGUUUGACCUCUAACCUUUAUGUGAUGCUUGGAGUGAUGAUGGGCUUACUGGUACUACUUACUAUUAUGAUGACCUUCUCGUACAACCGGCUGGUCGAUCACACUACAGUGGAGCACCCUGAGGAAUGAGACACGACUCACACAGGUCAGCCAACUAUAUACAGUAGAUCAGAAACUGUGUUUUAAAUACACAUUAGUUUGUAAGGUUUGAUUAUACUGACAUAAGAGUGUAUACAUAUUCACACUUUUCUGUACGUAGCUUAAUUAAAUAUGAACACAAUCCUCCAAGGAUAUAAAACUAAAAUUCUCUCCUGACAUUGUUUUAUACCUGGAUUUUUCGUUUGUAAACUUUGCAGAUAAAAAAAAAAAUAGUUUAAUCAUUUCAUCACAAAAUCCUGCCUGCAUUAUAAAUAUUUAAAAAAAAAAAAAAAAAAGUACAUUUCACAUGUGCAUUUUGACUCCUGACUGAGUCUAUUUGUUUUAUGCCAAAAAUCUUGUUUUGAUUUAAAACGUCGAACUUCUGACUACAGCAACUUGGCGUGUCCGUAUCAGUGAAAUGGAAUGAUUAAUUAGAGUGAUAACACAGUGAGACAGCAGAGAGGAAGGAAAAGCAAACAGGAGAUUCAGAUACAUUUCAGUCUGGCUCUGUGUUAAAUAACUUCUUAUUGAACCAUCAGAUUUUGACUGUUAUACUGAACUGCAUUCACAGGGCAUAAAAUUCAAAAGGAAAAGAAAUGUAAUGAGUUUAAAUUCAGUUGAAAAGCUUUAGAUUGCAAGCUGUAUGGAAUAACACAUUUAUUGAGAUAUUUAAUCUAUACCACACAACACUUUAUUAACAGAUGUAUGUUUCUAUACUUUAUGUAUAUAUUUAUUUGUUAUAUUAUCAUCACAGUUUAUUUAUUCUUAUAUAUAUAUAUAUAUAUAUAUAUUGUGUUCACAACAUGUAGCACUUUAUGGUUGUUUCUUUAUUUGAUUCAUAUGGGGGUUUUGUAUUUUGUGUGUUUUGAGGGGAGUUUUGUUUUGUGCUUUUGUUAUUGUACAUUUAUUUUUUCUGCUGUUUGCUAUUUUGGACUUUUUAUUUCUUCUUAUUUUUUUAUUUUCUUAUCUUAGUUACUGUAACAUAACUAACUUCUGUUCAUGUUUUUUUUUUAUCAUAUUAUUUAUUAUUUGUCCUCAGGAUGGUGUUUAAGAAUGAUGUUUAACACGCACUGCUUUUCAGU